AUGUUUAGAAACGCUUUAUUUAGACCAUCAAUCUUUAGAUCAUUAAACACUUUAACACCAAUAGCCACCAAGAAUGCCCCACCAGCCGCUGCUUCGUAUUCUCAAGCUAUGAAAGUUAAUAACUUGAUUUUUGUCUCUGGCCAAAUCCCAUAUACUCCAGAUAAUAAACCAGUUGAAGGUACCAUUACUGAAAAGGCUGAUCAAGUUUUCAAAAACAUUAAAAAUAUAUUAGAAGCUAGUAAUUCUUCAUUAGAUAAGAUUGUUAAAGUAAAUGUCUUUUUGGCCGAUAUCAAUUAUUUUAAGGAAUUUAAUGGUCUGUAUGCUAAAUAUUUUAAUGUUCAUAAGCCUGCUAGAUCAUGUGUCGCUGUUAAAGCAUUGCCAUUAAAUGUGGAUUUAGAAGUUGAAGUCAUUGCUACUGAAAAGAACUAA